AUGGGAUUCAUAGCAAAAAUGGAGACAGCCAUAGGGGGCAUGUUGAAACGUCAAUAAAACUUUAUCACAAGUUUCAUGCCAAUACAAAUAUUAUUUUAUAUAUAUAUAUAAAAUUAGAAAAGGGUUCACUUCGCACUCAACUGUUAACACGCGUGGAAAAAGAGGAAAGCUGCGGACAUGUCGGCUUUGAGAGGUUUGCUGAGAGCCGGAGGGUCCUUGUGUCAGUCUGCAGGGACUCUGCUGCACACAGCCAGGACCAUCUCGACAGGUACAUUUUGCCAGAUAAGGAUGCAUUCUAUUCCUCAACCAAAAGAGGUUGACAGAUGGACUGAGAAGAGGACCAUGUAUGGAGUUUAUGACAACAUUGGCAUCCUGGGAGACUUUAAAGCUCAUCCCAGAGACCUCAUUGCUGCCCCCUGCUGGCUCAAAGGCUUUAGAGGAAAUGAACUGCAGCGAUUGAUUAGAAAAAAGAAGAUGGUGGGAGACAGAAUGAUGACUCUGGAGAAGCACAACUUGGAGAAAAGGAUCCGCUUUCUUUACAAACGAUUUAACCGCGUGGGGAAACACCGCUGAUGCGAACCGCAACAUCUUAGCAAAUGCAGGCUUUUAGGGGUGUGACUUCAUAUUCUGUGUACUGUACCAUUUAUCAUUAUUCAGGCAAGAUUUAUGUUUGUCUUUAUGUACAUGCUAAUUGUUUUAAAAUAACCUAAAAAAUGCCUUUCACCCUCUUUAAAAAAAACCUAUAUAUUAAAUCUUGAAAGAAAAUCACAAAUAUGGAAUGGAAUUUUUUUUUUUAACUUUCAAAAUGUUUUAUUGUGUUUAUGUGUUUUUGCAUUUAAAUAGGGUGCUUACUCUGUUAGAACAUUAAAGGCCUACUGUGGUCUAUGUUAAGACA